GUGAAGUCCAUCUAUGAACCACCGUCACGAGUUUUGCCCAGUUGAACUUUUUCUGCCUGUAAUGUAAGGGACAUCAGUCAUGUUGAGAUUUGUCUCACAUGACAAAGUGCAUGUCUAUAAAACUGAGAAAUUGCCACAUAUAGCUUCAAAGAUUUGCUGUUUAUCCUCAGAGACGCAAUGGAGGCACAGUUUGUAGAAGAAAGUGAUGGUCUAACAUUCUGGCUGGCCAGACCACAAGACUAUGAUGAGGUAAUGGCCAUAUCACAGGACAUCUACCAGGGCAAUGACUACCUUCCACAUCGCUAUCACACUUGGAUGACUGAGUGUGAGAGAGUGGUCAUAAUUGGCAGGAGAAAUGGGAGGCUGGUAAGAAUGGUGGCGCUGGACUCUGCACUGCUGGUUGAUGGAGGGCAAACUGUGGUGUUGGAGGGAUUAAGGGUGUGUCCUAGUGAAAGAGGACGCGGUGUGGCUGGAGUUAUCCAGAGAGUAACUGACUGCUACAUUAAGCAGGUUUACCCAAGUGUAACAACCAAACGACUGACAAGACAUGACAACCCAGGACCUGAAAAACUCUCCAAGUUUAUUUUUCUGGCUUGCCGGGCUAUUCUGUCUUUGUUUGGAGAGGCUGAGAGAUUUAAAGGAUUUGUCUCAGGCCUGAAAACAAAACUGGAAAGCACAGAGAAGUCAGAUGGGCCCAGCAGCAACAACAACCAAAAAUUAUUUGUUCUGAAGGACAUCCAUCAGCUUAAGGCAAUACUCCUGGAUCCUGAUCUUUCCUUGAGACUUCAGCUUCCAGGAGGUGCCAUCAUCCAAGACUGGCAGCCUCUGAAACCAAUGGAAAGCAACCUGGAAAUUUUAGAAAGGCGAAACCUAACUUGGAUGGUUGACUGUUUUGAUGAUAAACCAAUGUUUAUGAGCUUCCACACACCACCCUAUCCUGUUCCAUUUAAUGGAGGUUCUUUGCGGUUCAACAUAGACAUGUUUGGGACUGAUGUAUUCAUAGCGAAGAAAGCACUGAUAGCACAUUUAGAGCAGGUAAUUGAGGAGAUUCAUGGCUCUGUUGUGGUUCAUGUUUACAUGCCUCAAACCUUUUGGGAAGCUAUGAGACAGUUUUGUGAGGGAGAUGAAGGAGUAAAACAAUAUAUGGAUUACUGGGAGCAACUGUUUCUGGAGAAAGAGAUAGCAUAAUUAGUAGACAUGGUGAGACAAAGAGAUGUAUUAGUGGUAUCAAUGGUGCUAGCGCUCAGAAGAGACAGCACUGAGUAUGUUUUUAGUAAAUAGAGUUUGUUGAUUUUAUUGAACAACGUCUGCUAUUAUUGAUCUUUUGCAUAAUAAUUACAAAAUACAAAUCAAAAGAUUUGCAUUUAAAUAUAUAUGGUAGGAUUAUACAGCCUAGCUGUGAGACCACCAGACACACAAUGGUUCUAUGCAUUAUUUUUUUAAUGAUCAUUUCAAACCCUAUACCUCAAAUAUAAUAAUGGAUGUGAUGUUCUUUUCAUUCUUGGGAAUCCUGAAAAAAUUUUAAUGUUUUGUUGUAGUUUGCAUCGUUGCACACUUGGUGGCGAUAUGGAACUAGUAAUCGAAAACCAAGGCUGAUAAUUACAUGUGAAUUUCCUUAACUUAUCAGUGCAAAUAAAUUCAUUUUAAUCAGUAAA